AUGAGGUCGUCACUCCUUCUGGCACCGCUGCUAGCGGGCCUCGCAGCGGCUGCUUAUGACAAGGAAUCAUCACAUCAUGAAGAGGGACCCCAUAUCAUGACACCGCAGGAAGUGUACGAUGACAAAGUUGCUCGUUAUUAUAUCCUAUCUGGAGGCAGCGUCUUCGCCGUUAUUCUCAUCUGGUCUGCCGUCAUUCGCAUGUCUGCUCAUAUCCGACGUCUUACCAGUCUCUCCAACGAUACCCAGCGAUACUUUAUCAGUGCCCAUAGCUUCUGGGCCUGGAUGAAAAGGCAUGUUAUGUAUGCUCCUUUGCUCUGGAAGCGUCACAAUCGCGAGUACCGACUCUCUACGGCGUUGAACAUGGGUACCCUUCCCACCCGAUUUCACACCGUGUUGCUGCUCAUGGUGGUGGGGAGUAAUGCAUAUCUCUGUCUGCAUAAACUUCCCUUCUCCAGCCCUGAAAAGGAGUUUCUCCCGUCGAUUCGCAAACGAACUGGAACUAUGGCAACCGUCAAUCUCAUCCCUCUUGUUCUCAUGGCUGGUCGGAAUAACCCCUUGAUCAAGUUGCUGGAUGUCUCGUUUGAUACUUGGAACUUGCUUCAUCGAUGGCUGGGACGCAUUGUUGUUCUGGAAUCUCUAGCUCACACCAUCUGCUGGAUGGUAGGGAAGGUUCACACAGAUGGCUGGGCUGAUCUACGGGAGUCGUUGGGCUCCAGCAAUUUGAUAUUGACUGGCAUUGUCGCAACUGUCUGCGUUGUGGUCAUAUCUCUUCACUCCGUCUCCGUGCUUCGCCAUGCGUUUUAUGAGACGUUCCUUCAUUUCCAUAUAGUCUUGGUUAUAGUCUUCCUUGCGUUCACAUGGAUACACUUGGUUGGUUAUUCUCAACUCAAGUAUCUUCUCGGCGCCAUUCUAUUAUGGGCCUUUGAGAGAGCAUGGCGCAUCGUCACAAUCGUUUAUAGAAACUUCCUACGUGGUAACACAACCGCAACUAUAGAAGCUCUUCCUGGAGAAGCAAUGCGCGUUACUCUAAGAGUUGCUCGACCCUGGACUUUCAGACCUGGUCAACAUCUAUAUCUAUACAUCCCAUCCGUUGGCUGGUGGACAUCUCAUCCCUUCAGCGUCGCAUGGAGUGAUACUGAGGAAAGCGAUACCGAUGAAAAGGGUCUCGUCAUGACCAAACAAGACGUCCUCGGCCUUCAACAUCCCACUAUGUCUCUCGUCAUUCGACGAAGAACCGGAAUGACGAACAAAUUAUAUGAGAAAGCUACAGAGAACGGCGCUACCAGUGUCACCCUUUCCGCCAUGGUAGAAGGCCCCUACGGAGCCGAGCACGUCCUUGAUUCAUACGGCUCGGUUGUGCUCUUUGCCGCCGGUGUUGGCAUCAGCCAUCAUGUCUCCUACGUACGCCAUUUGGUAGCUGGUUUUGCAGACGGCACGGUAGCUACCCGUCGCCUAACUCUCGUAUGGGUGAUCCAAUCUCCCGAACAUCUUGAAUGGAUCCGGCCCUGGAUGACCAGCAUCCUGUCCAUGAACCGAAGACGAGAAGUCCUCCGGAUCAUGCUCUUCAUCACCCGACCACGCAACACCAAGGAGAUUCACAGCCCCAGCACGACAGUCCAGAUGUUCCCUGGAAAACCUGAUAUUGGCACUAUCCUUGACGGAGAGAUCGAAAAGCAAGUCGGAGCCAUGGGUGUCAUGGUGUGCGGAACGGGGAGCCUGAGCGACGAGAUUCGAUUUGCGUGUCGACAACGACAAACUCCCACCCAUGUCGACUUCAUCGAAGAGUGUUUCACAUGGUAG